AUGUCCCAGCCGUCAGGUUUACACGGUAAUUCCGAGUUGGGAGUACUCACUCCCUCCAUCCCGACCUACUCGGAAACCCCAAGCAUAAACAGUCUAGAUCAUCAGAUCGGCCUCCAGAAUGGGUCAACAUCGAUACUCGAACUGUCUAGGCAAAGGCUCCAACUUGCAAAACAAACGCCCCCCUUGAACUUGUCGGCCCGCGUCGAAGAGCUCACGAGGGAGUUGGGCCACCAACGCCAAGAGAUUCAAUUUUACCGACAAGCAUUCGAGAACCUGCAACGGUUCCGCGCAACCGUGUACGACCUCUCUCAGCAGCUCUUUCUCGCCCACUAUCUCGAUCAUGAUGUCGGCCGCUUAGAUGACGUGAUAGCCCAGCUUCGGAAUGCGUUGGAGGACUCUAAGCGGCGCGAGUUCAAGGCCAAGAGGGAUUGGAUGGAAUUCUGGGGCAUAGAUCACGUUGCGCAGGAUCAGAGAGGGAAUUUGAUCUGA